CUCAUUUCUGCUCUUGGUAGUCCAGACAUCCAUCCCAUCCCAUCUUGACCGGUCGGUUCUAGUCGGAUCAUGGUCGAUACAGAGGAUCACAUGUCGCCGAUUGAUGGCAAGGGGAAUGUAGAUCUCCCUGGAUCUGCUUUGGCGCAGGAAAGUCAUGAUGGAAACCUCAAACUGUCCCACCCUCCGCCCGAUGUAGACCACGGUUCUGCCUCUCCUCCAGCCUUUAAGAAGAGGCGCGUUGAGUCCGAACAGCCCGAGUCGACUCAUUCUCCGGUACACUUUCAUGAGAUACCGGGUACUAAGAUCGAGGAAGAACUGGUGUCUGCGUUGGGGUCGGGUGUGGUGGAGGGUCACGAGCAGUCUCAUGGGCAGUCUUUCGAGCAGUCUUUCGAGCAGCCUCAGGAGCAGUCCUACGAGCUUCCUCGGGAGCAGUCUUACGAGCAGACUCACGGGAAUUUUCAUGAACAGCUUCCAGAGCAUCCUCGGGAGCAAUCUCAGGACCAGCCUCUAGAGCAGUCUCACGAACACUCUCAUGAACAGCUUCCAGAGCAUCCUCAGGAACAGCCUCAAGAGCAGCCUCAAGAGCAGCCUCAAGAGCAGCCUCAAGAGCAGCCCCAGGAAAAGCCCCAGGAACAGCCUCAAGAGCAGACUCCGGUGCCAUUUCAAGAACAAUAUCAGGAGCAGCCCCAAGGGCAAGCUCAACAGCAACAUCAAGAGCAACCUGAAGAGCAAACCCAGGAGCAAGCCCAGGAACAGGCACAGGAGAAGCCUCAGCAGGUGCCUCAGGAGCAUCAGGAUGACAAACAUGGUCAGAUCGAGAGCUCAGCAGAAAGCGCGAUUGCCCCAGAGUCGAAUGCUGAUAUUGACCCCGAUAUGGCGAUAGUCAUAUCGAGCAUCAUGAAUCAUGCAGAGCGUGUCGAAGAACAGUGUGUUGUCAGCCAGCAUAUGACCGAUACCUCGGGUCAGGUGGCCCCUAGGCCUAUGGUCUUUGUCAAGGCCAAUUCGCAUCUCAAGAUCCAGAGUUUGCCCAUUCUAGACAACCUGUCAACACAAAUCCUCUCUUUACUGGCCAAGUCCAGCUACCAAGAUAUCACCUCGUUUGUGUCCGAACCCGAUUCAGAAAACGGACAGGCCUAUGCCACGAUGCGCUCGCUCUUCGACCACACGAAGAAAGUGUAUUCUACCAAGAGAUCUUUCCUCUCCGCCACCGAACUGGAGCUCACGGAGCCUUCCCAAAUUGAUAUCAUCCGAAAGGCAAAUCUGGCUUCGUUUGUCUCCAGUAUCUUUGGAACCCAGGAGAUCGGCUUUUCCGAGUUGAACGACAACUUUCUCGAUGUGUUUGUCCCUGAAGGCGGGCGUUUGCUCAAGGUCCAGGGUGCGCUGUUCUUGGAGCUGAAGACCCAAGCAUUCAUCGCCUCGAUGAACAACUCGGAGCGGACGAGGACCGAGCUGCUCUACGAACUCUUCCCCGAUGAUCUCGAGCAGCGGCUCCUUGAUCGACGUCCCGGCACUCGUCAGCUUGCCCCAAGCGAAACCGACUUUGUGAACCGUGCCGGCUCACGUCGUGAUAUUCUCCUCAGCGAUAUCAACAACGAGGAGCAGCUGAAGGCGCUCCCCGAUAAGUAUCACUGGGAGGAUUUUCUCCGAGAUCUCAGCUCGUACAUCACAAAGAACUUCGAUCUCGUCACCAAUCAACACAAAACCACCAAAGGACGACAGCCAUCCGCCUCUAGUGGUGAGGCGCAGGAGUCCCCGAGUGCGCCGAUCCAAGGCCAGUUCCCAGCUGCUUCCCAGACUCCCGACGUUCCUGUUGACAGGAACAUGCACGGUGAUCUGGUCGCGCGGGCCGCUCGUGCCGCGCAAAUCGCUCUGCAGGGCCACGGUCUCAGACGGUCACAGCAGCAGUCUCAGCAGACCCAGCAACAACCACCGCCACAACCACAACCGCAACAGCACCACCAACCGCAGCAGCACCAACAACCCCCGCCGCAGCCGACUCAUCAACAUUCGCCGCCCAUCCAACAUCAUCAACCUCCUCAACAACCAAUGCACCAGCCGACUUCUCAUAUCCCGCACGGCUACUCUCCCGCGCAGCCCAGCCCAGCGCCGUCUCAACCGCCGCAGCAUCAGCAAUACCAAUCGAGCCCUGCGCCGUCAGGAUAUCAACAAGCGCCCGGGCAGCUGACCUUCCAGCAGAGUCCUCUCCAGACCAACUUCCAGCAGUACAACCACGCCCCCCUCCACAUGGGUGGAAGACCGAACUCUGGAGCGGCCAAUCACGGUUACAUGCCUGGUAUUCCCCACUACUCGCAGUCUCAACCCACCCAGGUCCUCUACGAACGGGCGCGCAUGGCUGCCUCCGCCAAGUCGUCCCCCAGCAGCCGUAAAUCCGGCCUUCCCAGCCAGCGUCGGCCCUGGACGACCGAGGAGGAGAAUGCGCUCAUGGCCGGUCUAGACCGGGUAAAGGGUCCCCACUGGAGCCAGAUUCUCGCCAUGUUUGGGCCGGGAGGCACCAUCAGCGAAGCGUUGAAGGAUCGCAACCAAGUCCAACUCAAGGAUAAGGCGCGCAACCUCAAGCUCUUCUUCCUCAAGAGCGGCAUCGAGGUCCCCUACUACUUGAAAUUCGUCACGGGCGAACUCAAGACCCGUGCCCCGGCGCAGGCUGCCAAGCGGGAAGCUCGCGAGCGGCAGAAGAAGCAAGGCGAAGAGGACAAGGCCCACGUCGAAGGGAUCAAGGGAAUGAUGGCUCUCGCAGGGGCCCACUCCCAGCAGCAAGUCCCCAUGGGACACGGCCAUGACGCCAUGUCCGCAUCGCCCGGUCUCCCGCCUGAUGCCGGCGCCCAUAAUACCUUUGACCAAACGGCGGAGCAGAACCUGAUGCAGACUCUCGGCCAGGAAGUGCAUGGUGAUCAGUUCGGACAGCAUCAGCAUCAGCACCAGCAUCACCAGGACCACGUUGAUCCCGGUAUGCAUUUGGGGCAGUAACUUGCUUUUUCUUCCUUUUCUUUUUUCUUAUUUUCUUUUCUUUUCUUCUUUCGUUCGAGCCAUCUUACGGCCUCGUUUACUUUUACGUCUGCACUUUAAUCACCGCGUCUUCCCAGCAAUGGACUCAUCCUCGUACAACACGCGUUGGUGGUCGGUUUGCAGCUCGAAGUUUCCAGUCGUCAGGCUGUUGGGUGCUACGGAGGGGUUAUUUCACUGGGAUUUCUUACUUAUUUCUUUUGUACCAUCAUAUGUGUAAUAGCUCGGAGCAAUUAGCGGAAUAGCGAAUCGACUUAUGUACUUUAUGACCGA